AAAAAAACAUGAAACUUCUAUUUUGAUACUUUUUUUUAUGUUUUAGUCUUAUUUAAUGUGAUUCCUAUAUAUUUUACUCUUAUUUGAUUUUUUUAGCAAAAUAAUUAAUCAAAAUACACCUUAUUUGGACUUUGGAAUCCAAACUCCAAAGUGUAGUUAUUUUUUAGAGGGAGGAGUACCUAACUUUGAAGCGAAAAAAAAAACUCAAAGAAAUAUUUGACUUUUCGAGGCUGAAAUUAAACACAGUAAAAAAUGUCAAAAGCAUGAAAUUCUGAUCGUCGGAGCUAUUCCCAUUUCUGCGUGCGUAAUGGCGAGAUUCGCCGCAUUGGCGGCGGUAGUGUCAGCGGCGGUGCUGAUCAGUAGUUUAGGGUUGGCGGAACCCCAAACGCCGGCGGCGCCAUGGAGGAUCCACACCCUGUUCUCGGUGGAGUGCCAGAACUACUUCGAUUGGCAGACGGUGGGCCUCAUGCACAGCUUCAGGAAAUCCCGGCAACCCGGCCCGAUUACCCGCCUCCUCAGCUGCACCGACGAGGAGAAGAAGUCUUACAGAGGCAUGAAAUUGGCUCCCACUUUUGAGGUCCCAUCAAUGAGCAGACACCCCAAGACCGGUGAUUGGUAUCCUGCAAUCAACAAACCUGCUGGUGUGGUGCACUGGCUUAAGCACAGUAAAGAGGCAGAAAAUGUGGAUUGGGUUGUGAUUCUAGAUGCAGACAUGAUUAUCCGAGGCCCAAUCGUGCCAUGGGAGCUCGGUGCCGAGAAAGGAAGACCCAUUGCUGCAUAUUAUGGGUACUUGGUUGGUUGUGACAAUGUUCUUGCCAAACUGCACACGAAGCAUCCGGAACUGUGUGACAAGGUUGGUGGGCUUCUAGCCAUGCAUAUUGAUGAUCUUCGGGCUUUAGCGCCCAAGUGGCUUUCAAAAACUGAGGAAGUACGAGAAGAUAAAGCCCAUUGGGCCACCAACUAUACUGGUGAUAUAUAUAAUUCCGGGUGGAUCAGUGAAAUGUAUGGGUAUUCUUUUGGUGCUGCAGAAGUGGGACUCCGACACAAGAUCAAUGAUAAUUUGAUGAUUUACCCCGGCUACAUUCCACGAGAGGGCAUUGAACCUAUUCUUUUGCACUAUGGGUUGCCUUUCAGUGUCGGUAACUGGACAUUCAAUAAACUUAAGCAUCAUCAAGACAACAUUGUUUAUGAUUGUGGCCGCCUCUUUCCAGAGCCACCUUAUCCUAGAGAGAUAAAAGAAAUGGAAGUUGAUCCUCUCAAAAGGAGAGCACUGAUGCUGAAUAUAGAAUGCAUGAACACGUUGAAUGAAGGCCUGUUAUUGCAACAUGCUGCUUUCGGAUGUCCCAAACCAAAGUGGUCAAAGUAUUUAAGUUUCUUGAAGAGUAAAUCAUUUGCCGACCUCACUCGACCAAAACUUUUGACUCCCAAAAGCCGGCAAACAAUGGAAGUCACACAUCAAACUGAUGUUUCUCAAGCCACUGAUGAGCCCGAAAAGCCACAUCCCAAAAUCCACACCAUCUUUUCUACGGAAUGUUCACCGUACUUUGAUUGGCAAACUGUGGGACUCGUCCACAGUUUCCACCAGAGUGGUCAGCCUGGAAAUAUCACAAGACUUCUGAGCUGUACAGAAGAGGAGUUGAAGCAAUAUAAAGGCCAUGAUUUGGCUCCAACCCACUAUGUUCCGUCCAUGAGUCGACACCCUUUGACUGGGGAUUGGUAUCCUGCAAUUAAUAAACCGGCUGCAGUGCUUCAUUGGCUUAAUCAUGUCAAGAUUGAUGCAGAGUUCAUUGUUAUCUUAGAUGCAGAUAUGAUCAUGAGAGGACCAAUAACUCCAUGGGAGUUAAAUGCAGCCCGUCACCGACCAGUCUCAACUCCCUACGACUAUCUGAUUGGUUGCGACAAUGUUCUUGCAAAGCUGCAUACGCGCCACCCUGAAGCCUGCAACAAGGUUGGAGGUGUGAUUAUCAUGCACGUCGAUGAUCUCAGGAGGUUUGCUUUGUUGUGGCUGCAUAAAACAGAGGAAGUCCGGGCCGAUAGAUCCCAUUGGUCUAAAAACAUAACUGGAGAUAUAUAUGAAGCUGGAUGGAUCAGUGAGAUGUAUGGCUACUCCUUUGGUGCAGCAGAGUUGAAUUUGCGGCAUGUCAUAAGCCACGAGAUUCUUAUAUAUCCCGGAUACAUUCCUUACCCUGGUGUCAAGUACAGAGUAUUCCACUAUGGGCUGGAAUUCAGGGUAGGAAAUUGGAGCUUUGAUAAAGCACAAUGGAGGCACGUUGACUUGGUCAACAAAUGCUGGGCUACGUUUCCGGACCCACCGGAUCCAACCUCCCUUUCCCAAACCGAUAAUGACUCACUGCAACGCGACUUGCUUAGCAUAGAGUGCGCAAGCAAGUUGAACGAAGCUCUACGGCUACACCAUGAGAAAAUGAAUUGUCCGGACCCUAAUUCUCCACCCGUUAAAGAGACAGAAACGGUUCAUGAAUCAACGGAUGAGGUUGCAUCUGGGAAAACAGACGAGGUUUCGGACGAGAUUCAGUCUGUGCAGCAUGAUUCUGUUCCCAAGAAUAGUUCUCAAGAAUCGUCGCCCCCUGAGGUGACGAAUGGGACAUUGAGUUCCAUGAGGUUUUGGAUUAUUGUUCUAUGGGUCAUUUCAGUUGUUGGGUUUUUGGCUGUUAUGGGAAUGGCUCUUUCGGGCCGUAAUAAGGGCGCGAAAAGAAGAGGAAAGAGUCACAAGGCCAAGCGAAGGGCUUCUCAUUCGGGUUUUUGGGAUGUAAAUGGCAACGAAAGGCAUCUUCGCAGCAGCGAAACCGCAUAAGAGCUACUACAAUGUGAGUGAAAGGUACACAAAUACCAUCAGGUUACGGUGGGUGUCUUGAGUUGCCCUUAUUCCAAGGGUAGUUCCGACAUUUCUUGAACCUGUAAUUUAUUUUUAUUUUUUUUGUUUGCUCAUUGAAUCAUUAUUCUUUUAGAAUAUAGACUUUGUGUAUGAUCUGUACAUUUGAAAAUAAUAAAAAAAACAUAUAGAAAAAAGAAGUGUAUCUAUAACUAAAUGUAAUGCUUGUUG